UUACAGAAAAAUAGAAAUUUAAACACAGACUUAAAAGCAAAAAAGUCAAUAAUGAAUUAGAGUGUUAGGAACUUUCAUUGGUUUCACCAAACUAAGAAAUAAAAGCAACUCUCUUCCUCAGCUGUCCAUUUUCUUGGAAAAUUUUCCUUUUUUCCCUUUCACUUUCUUUCUCUCCAAACAUGGGCAUCUCAUGGAGCAACACAAGCAAUAGCAACCGGAGGAGAAACCAAGCUUACCUCCAUGGCCCUCCACCUCCUCCACCUUUCUAUUAUCCCCAAGAACCCACUUCCCUUCCUCCUCCGCCACCUCCACCGCCAUCCCAGCCUUCUACUAGCCACCCUUAUCCUGCGCAUCCUCCACCCCCACCGCCUCCAAUUCCCAACAAUUACUACUGUUCCCCACCCUACAACCCCUGCUGUUACUCAAACCCUGUCAUGGGUCGUUACCCUAUUCAAUAUCCUCCAUAUUUCGCCAACCAGGCUAGUGCCUGGCCCCCGAUUCGUGCUCAUGCCGUGGCGGCGGUGCCGCCUCAGCCGCCACCUCCUUAUGUGGAGCAUUAUAAUGCCAAGAAAGUGAGGAAUGAUGUGAACGUGCACAAGGAUACGUUGAAGCUGGAAGUAGACGAGCAGAAUCCCGAUCAUCACUUGGUUUCUUUCGUUUUUGAUGCUUUGUUUGAUGGCAGUAUCACCAUUUUCUACUUUGCCAAGGAAGAGUUGAACUGUAGAUUUGUUCCCGUAUUUCCUGAAGCCUUCGAGCCUGUGAGAGUCCCAUUUCAGAAGGGACUUGGCCAGAGAUUCCAGCAGCCUCCUGGGACAGGAAUUGACUUAGGUUUCUUUGAAUUGGAUGAUCUCUCGAAACCAUCACCAGGGGAGGAUGUUUUCCCUCUUGUAAUUUCUGCUGAAACAUGUAUGCUGCCGCAUUCAUCUGAUGAACAUGUUGGUGAUCCCACACAAAGUACAUCAGCCCACAUGCAAAUUACUCAAGCCAUUUUAGAGAAGAACGGUAACUCUUUCCAAGCAAAAGUGAUACGGCAGAUAUUAUGGGUUGAUGGAGUCCGCUAUGAACUACGCGAGAUUUAUGGAAUAGGAAGCUCAGCAGCAGCAGAAGGCUUUGAUGAUAGUGACCCGGGGAAAGAGUGUGUUAUCUGCAUGACCGAACCCAAGGAUACUGCGGUCCUACCUUGCCGCCACAUGUGUAUGUGCAGUGAAUGUGCUAAAACAUUGAGGCUUCAGUCAAAUAAAUGUCCAAUAUGCCGACAACCUAUCGAAGAACUUAUAGAAAUCAAGAUAAACAGCACUCAUUGAAAAGUUUUCUUCCUUUGAAGUUUGAUUGUACGGUUAGUAAAGAUGGGAUGAACAUUCAAAGGCCAGUUGAGCUUUUUAACUUGUGGAAAGAAAAUCUGGGAAUAUCUUUUGACUUCUGGAAUGAAAAAUCUGGGAAUAUCUGCCAUUACAAGUUAAAUCUUAGGGGACAGAAAAUGAAAAAGAGUAAAAAAGGAAAAGGUUGGGAGAUUCAGGCUGAUAUAAUUACGGCAAAGUUGUUGUACAUUGGUAUUAAAAAUUAGUGAAUGAGCCUUUGCUUUUUUUUCUUUUUUUUUUUUUUUCAAAAUUGUAAUGAUCCCAGAAACUUUAUAAAUGUUAUUAAUUGGAUUAAAGAGUUAAAAUUUUCCUAGUA